GUGGAGUUGGGUGGGUGUAGUUUGUUUAACCACCACCUGUCCACACUCUCACUUCGUUCAUAUCGCCAUUGCCAUCCUUUUCGACACUGCCUUCCCCUUUUUCUCUGCUUUCACCGCCAUCAAAUCCCUACAAAUCUCCGCUCCAUUACCCCAUUUUUCACUUCUUCAAUGGCGUCUUUCUCUGUUCCUUGCCCUAAAACUUCUGCUUUAUCAGCGCCUCAACUCAACCCUAAGCAUAAUCCCAAGCACCGCAGCACCUCCCUUGCUCUUUUCCAAUCCGAUUUCAAACCCACCCGUGCUUUGGUUUCUGGAUCAUCUACUCAAGGGUUUCAGGCAACUAAGAGGAACCAAAAUGGCGUUAUGAAAGUGUCUGCUCAGCUUAAUGAGGUUGCUCAAGGAAAACCAUUGAAUUCUUCACCAGCCUUGGAGAAGUCAGAAGAAUCAACCAAACUAUCAUCUAUUGAGACCACAGUUCCUGAUGUUGAAUCUAUCACCGCAUUUAUGAAUCAAGUGGCAGGGCUUGUUGAGCUUGUGGAUUCAAGAGAUAUAAUGGAGCUGCAGCUAAAACAAGAAGAUUGUGAGGUCCUUAUAAGAAAGAAGGAAGCUUUGGCCCCACCUCCUACGAUGAUGAUGCAAUCUUCACAACCCCAGGCUAUGUUUCAUUCACAACCGCCUCCGCCACAGGCCGCUCUUGCUUCUUCAGCACCAGCUACUUCUGCGUCAGUACCAGCAUUACCUGCCCCUGCAAAGCCAAAGUCCUCGCACCCUCCACUAAAAUGUCCCAUGGCUGGAACGUUCUAUCGCUCUCCUGCACCAGGAGCUCCAGCCUUUGUGAAGGUUGGAGACAAGGUUCAGAAAGGUCAAGUAAUAUGCAUUAUUGAGGCAAUGAAGUUGAUGAACGAAAUUGAGGCCGAUCAAUCUGGAACAGUAGUCGAUAUUAUAGCCGAGGAUGGGAAACCAGUUAGCUUGGAUACGCCUCUACUUGUUAUCGAGCCAUGAAGAAGUUAUGUGAUGAGGAGUGCAUAAGUGUCUCUACAGCUUUAGCGUAGCCGGUAAGGAGGUGGACAUGAUUGCAUCGGAGAGUGAUUGCAUAGGUAAAUUAUGUGGCAGAUUGAAGUUAGACUUUUCUCUUUCUUCUUUAGUUUGUUUUUGGGGAUGUCGUUAUCGCCAUUUAUGCAAAAUAUUCGUUUUGUUCGCCUCGUCUAAAAUAAUAUAUAGAAGAUGCUUGUAAGCAAUCGCGUCGUAUCAUGUAUGUGUUCCUUUUGGUUCUAAAUAUCUGGUUAACUUUA